UUGCUGGUCAGUGACAUGCCUCCCUCCGCCUGGCUCUUUAUAGCCCCUGAGGAGGCAGGAAUACCGGCCGAUUGAGAGACAGUCGCUCGGGCGGACUGAGCCGGAGGCUGAUAACCCGGGACAGAGGCGGUGACUCGGUGACAAGGAGAACUGGGGGACGGAGCAGAAAACCGGCUGCAGAGCCUGAACCACACUGCCUUACCUGUCCACAGCUCCGAUUGUCGGACCACUGAGUCGAGCCCUGCGGACACUUCCUCCAGCCGAGGACAUGCGUUGUCUGCCUCUGGCCUCCGUCCUCGUGUUCCUCUGGUUGGCCGAGAGGAGCCACUGCACCGGCAGCUUUCAGGACAGCAUGCGGGAGCUCCACAACCGCUUCGCCGUCAGCCUCUACCAGACGCUCACCGAGGCGGAGAACCGCUCCAACCUGAUCGCGUCCCCGGCGAGCGUGUCCCUGUCCCUGGCCCUGCUGCAGCUCGGCGCCAGGGGCAACACCCGGGCUCAGCUGGAGGGAACGCUGGGAUACAACGCAGACGAUGCUCAGGUGCGAGACUUCGUGCUGCACGCCCAGGGCGGCGUGAGCAACAGCAGCCACGGGGUGUGGCUGCAGCAGAGCUGCACGCUGUUCGUCCAGAGCGGGGUCCGACUCCUGGCCGAGUUCACGCAGCACGCCGCCGCGUGGGUCGACGCCGCCGUGGUGCGAGCCAACUUCAGGCAGCCCGAUCACGCCCACCGCCACUCGGAGCCGACGGGCCAAGAUGGGUCGGGAUCCCUCCAGUCGGGAAGCAGCAGCGGGGAGCUGUCCGGUUCCGGAGAAGCCCAGGCAGAAGCCCAUUGGUGGGGACAACGGCCGCAGGUGGCGCUUGUCAACACGGUGGCGUUCAGGGGCGUCUGGCAGAGGCAGUUCAUGUCUGGCAACACCCAGAACCUGCCCUUCGUCCUGCCUGACGGGAGCGCCGUCAAGGUGCCCAUGAUGUACCAGGCUGGAGAGGUCAGCUUUGGUCAGUUCAGGACAUCAUCGGAGCUGCGCUACACCGUGCUGGAGCUGCCGUACCUGGGCCGCGCCCUGAGCCUGCAGGUGGUCCUGCCCAGCGAGAGGAAGAGCCCCCUGUCCUCCCUGGAGACCCAGCUCACGGCCCGCGAGCUGGCCUCCUGGGAGUCCGGCCUGCGGAGGACCAAGAUGGACGUCUUCCUGCCCAGAUUCAGAAUGCAGAACAAGUUCAGCCUGAAGUCGGUGCUUCCUGCUCUGGGCGUCAGUGACGCCUUCAACCCGACGGCGGCCGACUUCACGGGAAUCUCAGUGGAGGAGGGUCUUUAUGUGUCCGACGCCGUCCACGAAGUCCGAAUAGAAGUGACAGAGGACGGGACGAAAGCAGCUGCAGCAACAGCUAUGGUGCUACUCAAACGGUCGCGCGCUCCUGUUUUCAAGGCGGACCGGCCAUUUUUAUUUCUGCUUCGCCAGGUUAACACAGGUUCAAUCCUGUUUAUGGGCAGAAUAAUGAACCCAGCAGACCAAGUAAUAUAACCCUCCUCUACGCCACCGCCCCCAAAUCGCACCAAUCUACUCCAACCAAUUUCACCUUCGGUAUUUAUUUAUGGACCAAACGGAAGAUACGAGGACACUCCAGGAAGAGGGAUGUUAUUUUUGUAAAUACCUGUAAAUAAAAUUUUAAUGUUUUUACACAG